AUGUUCUCUGGAACUGUCGGGGUUGCAUUCCAAGUGAUCUCGCCCACAAGGCUGCUUAAUGCCUCUUGUUCCUUGGAGAAGACUCUGCAGUGUAGCUGUUCCUUCCAUGGGCUCCCUACACCCUCUAUGCAGUGGUUGUUGGACGGUGUUCCUGUGAGUGUCAACAACACAAAUAGCAUCUUCAAGGUGACUUCAACGGUAAUUGGUGCCUGGAACAACAGCACCAUUAGCCUCACUGGGGAGCCAGAUUUACUCAUGAAUCUCCGCUGUGAGGGGAAGAACCAACAUGGAAUCCAUGCUUCACGUGUCUUCCUACUACCAGAUAAGCAUUCAGGUUCCAGUGUGUUCGUGAAAGGGCUGACCCAGGGCAUCGUAUAUGGAUCCAUCAUCUCCGCACUGUUCUUCUUCUUCCUUGUCCUCCUCAUAAUGAAGAUGCUUCAAUGGUGGGAGGACAGGCACAUUUCCAAGGCUAAAGAGGCCCCAAUUAUCCAGAUACCAGAGUUUCUGGAAGAGCCAGAAACAGCUGUGAAGUCUGAAGCCAAAAGCACUGAGCGUCAGUUGGAGUCCAGGGCUCUUGAGCCGGAAGGACUGACCACGGGCAAGAAAGCUCCCAGACUGAUCAAGACAGAUGCGUGGCUCUCAGACGCCUAG